UUGGAUUAGACCCACGGAACCAAAAUCAUCAAAAGCCAAAAGGAAGCGAACCCGACCCGAUUUCCGUAGUGCGAUCCAAGUCAAAUUCCCUCUCUAGUCUCUUCACUCCAUUCCAGCUACUAGAUCCAACAGCCGGCCGGCGAGGGAACUGGGCCGAGAGGGUGGGUGCAGUUUCUUUAUAAUUCUCGAUCCGAAAUUCUCGGCCAGUCUCCGAAGAUGGUGAGUAAAGCAGAGGAGGCCGAGUUGAAUCGACUCGAGAACCAGGUCGACAAUGGAGGUGGCGGCGCUUGGGAGUAUCUCUGCCUCGUCAGGAAGCUCAAGGUUCGCCGUUCUGACAAGGUCUUAAAGCAUGGAUUGUCGAUCCUGAACGACUCCAGAAAGCGAUCCGGUCUCGGCCAAGAGGAAUGGACCCUGUACGAACAGGUAGCUAUUGCAGCACUGGACUGCCAUGCUAUAGAUGUUGCAAAGGAUUGCAUAAAGGUUCUUCAGAAGAAGUUUCCACAGAGUAAAAGAGUUGGGAGGCUGGAGGCUAUGUUGCUUGAAGCAAAGGGAUUGUGGGCUGAGGCGGAAAAAGCUUACGCUAGCCUUUUAGAGGAAAAUCCAUUUGAUCAAGUAGUACAUAAAAGGAGAGUUUCUCUGGCAAAGGCACAAGGAAACAUUGCUGUGGCUAUUGAGUGGCUCAACAAAUAUCUUGAAACAUUUAUGGCGGAUCAUGAUGCCUGGAGAGAACUGGCUGAUUUAUAUAUCUCUCUCCAAAUGUACAAGCAAGCAGUUUUUUGCUAUGAGGAGCUGAUAUUAUCUCAACCCACAGUUCCUUUAUAUCACUUAGCUUAUGCAGAUGUACUUUACACACUAGGCAGCGUAGAAAACCUUCAGACAGCGAAGAAAUACUAUGCAUCUACUAUAGAAUUGACUGGGGGCAAAAAUACCAGAGCCCUGUUUGGCAUUUGCUUGUGUACAUCUGCCAUUGCACAACUGACGAGAGGUAGAAACAAGGAAGACAAGGAGGGUCCAGAGUUACAGUCUUUAGCAGCAACAGCCUUGGAAAAAGAUUACAAGCAAAGAGCUCCACAGAAGCUUUCUCUGCUUUCUUCUGUAUUGAAGAGCUUGAAAGUUUCCCCAUAACUUUCCUCCUUUGGACUGAAGCUCUCUCUCUCUCUUUCACUUUCUCUCUCUAGGAUGGACUGGUGGCAGGAGGCUGAUUAGCAUUUAGCAACUAAUAGUUGAUAUCAAUUCAUUUCCUUGUGAUUUUUCCCUAAGAUGAAAUUUUUUUCUGUUUCCAUAAAAUCCUAAAUAUGGGAAGUGAUGUAUUUUUUUUCUUUUUAGUAUAAUUUUAAGGGUGACAGAGCUAAAAUAGGUAUAAAAAAAGACAUCUUAUUCUUCUUUCACUAUUAUUGCAGAUGAUAAAAAAAUGAUCUUUCUUC